AUUUGCUCUCUGCCUAGAUACCACCACCACCACCCCCACUCGUCAAGAUGGAGCUGUUACCUGUCUGCAAUGACGGCAUCAGCACAGAGGGAUGCGUCAACAAAGUGAACAGGGUUCACAGGAGAGGCAAUACGUCAAGGGACGUGGAGAUGAAAAUUGAGUACCUCUAUGAAGCUGUCCCUCAGCUCGCCAAGGUUUUUCGAGUCGUCGACAAAAUAGGAGAAGGUACAUUUAGCGCAGUGUUCCUGGGAGAGGCUCAGAUGCUGGAUGGAAGGAGAGAGAGGUUUGCCCUUAAGCACCUCAUCCCAACCAGCCACCCUGUUCGCAUUGCUGCUGAGCUUCAGUGUCUCACUGUAGCUGGAGGCACUGAGAAUGUCAUUGGUGUAACCUACUGCUUCAGGAAGGAGGAUAAUGUGGUGAUUGUCAUGCCCUAUAUGGAGCAUCAGGCCAUUGUGGACGUUAUUGGGUUGCUCAGCUUUGACGAGGUACGUCAGUACAUCUACCACCUGCUGAAGGCCCUAAAACACAUACACCAGUUUGGCAUCAUCCACAGAGACAUCAAGCCCAACAAUUUUCUUUAUAAUCGUAAGGAUAAAAAAUAUGCCCUGGUGGAUUUUGGCCUGGCUCAGGGUACAGCAGACACAAAGAUUGAGCUACUGAAGGUAGUGAAGCAGAAGGCCUCCCAGAAAGGUGGAGGGUCCACAGGGAAAAGAGACACCAUACUAGGGAAGAAGGCUUCACCUAAACCCCCACCCACCACCUCACUUCCUUUGCACCGACAGCACACUGCAGCCCCACCAUCCUCCUCUUCCACCUCUUCCUCCACUACCACAACCUCCUCAGCCUCAGGGAAACCAACUAAGAGAAGUCCUUCUGUCACUGCCACCAUUCCCACUUCUCGGACCAAAUACACAAAGGAGUUGGCAAAACAAAGCAAAGCCCCACGGCCUGUGUUUGGAGAGAGGAAUCUCAAUAGUGUCACUCAAGCUCCCUCCACCACCAAACCAACUGCUGCCAAGAUGGAAUUAGUGAAGCCAAGUAAAACUAUGGACCCAGCCAAUCGACGGCAUGUCUCAUCGAGUCAGCGUCACCUGUCGGUCAAGACUCAGAGUAACAGUCAGAAACUCCAGAAGACUGCUGCUGUCAACUUGGGCCUCACAUGUGACUGCUUCCUAACCAACCAUGUCUGCAAUGUCUGCAUGUCCAGGAAGCAGCAGGUGGCUCCCAGGGCUGGAACACCAGGUUUCAGAGCACCAGAGGUUCUCCUCAAGUGCCCUGACCAAGGGACAGCUAUAGAUAUGUGGUCAGCCGGAGUGAUCCUGCUCUCUCUGCUCAGUGGUCGCUACCCAUUCUUUAAAGCCAACGAUGACCUGAUUGCUCUCACUCAGAUCAUGACCAUACGAGGCUCCAGAGAGACUAUCCAUGCUGCUAAAGCAUUUGGUAAAGCCGUGGUGUGUAGUAGGGAGCUGCCUCGUCAGGACCUCAGGACCCUGUGUGAGACUCUGAGGGGACACAGGUCAUUACCAGAAGAUGAAGCGACUCCACACUAUCAAACCAAGAGGGAUUCUAUCAUCUCAAGCCAUCACACCAAGAUCCGAGAGGACACGCCCACACAUGGUCAACCUGGAAAGACUUCCCAACAACAUAAUCUGCCCAAUAAUCAACCCCAAGAAGCCCCUGUUCACCUCACUGCCAGGCCCUCUAAAAGCAGUGACACCCAAGGCAGCCAGGGCCAUUCCAGAGACCCCGAGAACCUGUGCAGUGUGGGGCCAGAAACAGACUGCAGGGUCCACGGGGAUGAGAGGGGCUGGGAUAGCGUUCCUGAUGAGGCCUACGACCUGCUGGACAGACUGCUAGACCUGAAUCCUGCCACCAGGAUUACAGCUGCUCAGGCCCUACAGCAUCCACUGUUUAAAGACCUGGUAGACCAGUAACUGACUGAACCAGGGGUUUACUCAGUAACACCAUCAUUGGGUCCCUGGGGCAUUGUUCAUGUUUUACAAGGGAGGAUGCGUGGUUAGUAUGUAAAUGGAAAUUUGACAUGUGGUUAGUACAUAAAUGGAAGUUAUGCUUAAUUUAGUGCCAGUAAAUAAGUUUUAACAGUGGAAGGUAAUGUUUCACCUUCAUCCUUCGUCAAAUUGCAACCCUGCUGUAAGUUUUUUUUUUUUAACUUUA